AUGCACGGCACGAGCGCCACGCGCGCGGGCGGCGUCGCCCUCGCGCCGUCCGCGUCGCGCGUCCGCGCCUCGCGCGCGCGGCGCGCGACGCCGACGUCGGCCGCGGCCGCGUCGGCGGCCGUCGUCUCCGCUCGCGUCGCGAUCGCGGGCCGUCAUCACGGAUCGCGCGCUUCGGUCCUCGCCGCGCGCGUCGUCCCCAUCCCUCCGCGCGGUCGCCGCCGCGCGUCGACGACGACGCCCCCGAGCGCGAUCGGCAAGCUCUUCGGCGGCGGCGGCGGCGGGAAGGACAAGGACAAGGACAGGAAGGACGACGCCGGCGGCGUCUUCGCCGCGAAGAAGCGCGUCGAGGUUCGCAUCCCCGGGUUCGCCUUCACCGUCGCGCCGUCCGACGUCGUCGACGCGGACGGCGAGGUCUCGAAGACGAUGCCCGCGAUCGAGGCCGCGGUCGCCGCGGGCGCGACCGCGGUCGUCCUCUCCGACGCCAACGGCGUGAGCUCCACGCGCGACCUCUUCAACGCCGCGCUCGCGCUCAAGGAGGCGCUGCGCGGACGCGCGGCGAUGCUCGUCGCCGAUCGCACGGACAUCGCCGCGUCAGGACUUUGCCCGGCGUCUCUCUCCGCCCACCCCUCGCUUUCAAUCCCCGUCCUCGACGCCUUUCAACUCCACCUGACGCCUUUGAACUCCACCCCGACAAUCGCUUGUAUGGAACGACCCUCAGCGGAGGCGGACGGCGUCCUCCUCAGCGACGACGGCGUCCCGGUCGUCGUCGCGCGCAAGUCCCUCGCGGCGUCGUCCGCGAUCGUCGCGUGUAAGGUGACCGACGCGAGCGGGGCGUUGGUCGCCGCGAAAGAGGGCGCGGACCUGAUCGUCGCGCCGAGCGAAGACGUCGUCGCCGCCGUCGCGGGGAAGAUCUCAGUCCCGACGUUCGCGCCGCCGCGCGACGGGUGGAGCGGCGUCGUCGGCUGGGCGGGGGUGAAGCCGCUCGCGGAGGCGGGCGCGCUGGGGGUCGCGAUGGAGACGCCGCCGCCGAGCGCGGACGCCGCGGAAGGGGUCCCGACCGCGCUGGAAGGGUUGAAGAAGGCGCUCGCCGCGGCGGGGGACGCGGCGGGGAACCAAGUCGCCGACGCCACCGCCGCGGUGCUCGCCGCGAAGGCGGCGGCGAACGCGGCAAAAACCGGGGACGACGAAGCCGGCGUGGGUUCGACCUCGAGGGCCUCGAGCGGCGGGUUAGCCGGGAAGUUGAUCGACGCGAAGGCGCAGGCGCUGCUCGAGCGCGAGCGGCGCCUCCUCGACGACGCCGUCGUCUUUCUGACCGAGUCGGUGAGCGCUCUGGAGGAAAUUAAUCUGCUCGUGGAAGCGCGCCGAGGGCUCGAGGAGCUGUUCCUGCUCGUCAUCGUCGGCGAAUUUAACGCCGGUAAGUCGAGCGUUAUCAACGCCGUACUGGGAAAGAAGCACCUGCGCGAGGGGAUCCUCCCGACGACGAACGAGAUCACGGUGUUGCGGUACGGCGACAAGGCGGCCACGGAGCAGAGCAAGGAUGGGUUCUACACGCAGCUCGUCCCCGCGGAGCUUCUCAAGGAGGUGAACAUCGUGGACACGCCCGGGACGAACGUCAUCUUGGAGCGGCAGCAGAGACUCACGGAGGAGUUCGUGCCGCGCGCGGACCUUGUGCUCUUCGUGCUCUCCGCGGACCGGCCGAUGACGGAGUCGGAGGUGACAUUUUUAAAGUACAUUCGCAAGUGGGACAAAAAGGUGGUCUUCGUCGUGAACAAGUGCGACACGAUCAGCGAGAACGACGUGACCGAGGUGAAAGGCUUCGUGGAGGACAACGCGAAGCGCCUUCUCGGCGUGACCGAUCCGACGGUGUUGCCCGUCAGCGCGAGGAGAGCGCUCAAGGCGAAGCAAGAGAGCGCGAGCUUGACCCCGAGCGGGUUCGACGCGCUCGAAGAGUACGUCCUGUCCUUCCUCGGCGGCGGCGGCGGCGGUGGCGGCGGGAACGGGAACGCCGCCACCGCGUCCGGCGAGGGCCUCCGCCUGAAGCUCGGGACGCCGAUCCAGGUCGGAACGAUGCUGUUCACCGCCGCGGAGGACGUCCUCGCGGAGGAGAGAGCGGACGCGGCCGCGGAGGUGGCCGCCGCGACGGGCGUCGCCGACGCCAUGGCGGCUUACGUCGAGGCGAUGGCGAGCGACUUUUCGUCGCAAAAGCAGGCGGUGCGAGACAGCGUCUCGAAGGCGACCGCGCGGUGCGACGAGCUCCUGGACCAGACGCUUCGCUUGACGAACGCGUCGGAUUUGUUCGCGACGUACGUCUUGGGCGACGGCGGCGGAGGGAAGAUCCGCGAGCGGUACGAGUCGCAGGUGCUGGCGGGGGCGGAGGAGGAUCUGCGGGCGGCGCUGAGAGAGCACACGGGGUGGCUUCGAAGGAACAACGAGCGGCAGGUGAGCGCGUACGACGAGGCCGUGCGCGCGCGCGGGUUCGACGUCCCGGAGUUCGUGGACGACGUGGCGGACGAUGGGAUUGGUGACGUGGUGGGUGACGUGGUGAAAGGUGUGGCGGAGAAUAAGGACGACGACGACGACGACGACGACGACGCGAAGGACGCGACCGCGGAGACCACCAAAACGGUCGUCGCCGACGCGUUAGCCGGCGAGGACCCGACGAAGAAGAGAGCCACCUCCGGCAAGAUCUUCACCCCCGCCGAGCCCGGGACGCCGACGCUCGCGAUCGCGGCGGGGUUCGACCACGACGCCGCCGCCGCCGCGCUCGAAAACGAAGUCAAAGACGCCGUCUACUCAACCGUCGGCGCCGCCGGCGGCGCGUUCGUCGUCGCCGUCUUCCUCUCCGGGUUCCUAGACAACCUCGCGGAGGACGUCCUCGCGUUCGCGCUCACCGCCGCGGUGGGGUACGUCAGCGUGUUAUCUCUCCCGCUGAAGCGCGCGGAGGCGAAGGCGAAGGUGAGAGACGCCGCCGACGCGCUCCUGGCCGACGUGGAAGCCGCGAUGGAGGCUGAGUUUCAGGCGCGUUCUGUGCACUGGUUCCCAUACGACCGCGUUGGCGUGGUGAACGCCGAUCCUUAA